AUGGCGGAGGGCGUAUCUGCGAAGCGAGGAUUGUUGGAGCCUUUUCUACUGCUACUGUGCGCCGUUCAAUUAUGUACGACGUACCCGCAAUAUGACUAUUAUGAUCCUAUGUUGUCUGACUUCGAAUUUGGUGGAUGGAGUAAUGGUGAUUUGAAGUUGGAAGGUCAAGGAUCUACUGCUAUGGCUGGUCGUCUUGAAAUAUACAUCAACACUGCCAACAGAGGAGAUGGAGAAGACAAUUUGGGAGAGUGGGGUACAGUGAACGGACGAAAGUUUGGAUUGAGAGAAGCUAAUGUGGCCUGCAGACAGCUGGGAUUCUACUCUGCUUCUCACUGGAAUUAUUCCAUCUACACAGAGUUUGGAGUAGGCAAUGGGACGAUAUUCCUGAGUGGACUUAAGUGCAGCAGUAGAUACCAGCAGCACCUUCUGAGGUGCAAGCACAGCGGGAUUGGAUCACCUACUUACCACUACACCCAUGAUCAAGACGUCGCCAUAUUCUGCAACCCGGUGCCUAUUUGGAGUAGGCCCUACAAGGGGCAGGUUCGACUAAUCAGCUCCAACCUGACCCGACCCUCCAGUGGACGAGUGGAGGUCCACCAGAAGAACCAGUGGGGGACUGUGUGUGCUUCAGCCAUGAGCCAGGGAGCCGCUGACUCUGUCUGCAGACAACUGGGGUUUACCAAUGCUCUGGGGAGAGGAAUCAGCUCAGAGCCGGGGUCAGGGGUCAUAUGGGUUGGAGAAACAUCGUGCAGUGGAUCUCGACGAUGCUUCACCUCAUGUUUCCAGUCCCACAAACACACCUACGGCUGCAACCAUACCCAGGACUCUGCCAUCUCCUGCACAUUUGAUUUUUCAAAGAAGUCUAAAUCGGCAGGCAAUAAAUCAGCCUGCAAAAUCACAGGUUUCCCAUUGUCUCAACUGAUAUUCUACGUGUGUGGAGGGUUGGCACUGUUCCUUCUACUGGCCUUCGUUGGUAUACUGGUGGUUGCUAUGGGCUACAAGAUCAAGAAGAAACUGUCUCAGAAAAACUACGACACUCUCCAGUGAUGGUCAUGGCAACGACAGCAGUUUUGACCCCGGACAACAACAAAAUCUUUCAUUUUUAUCGCAAGCUUUGUAGCUAUAAGAGUCUUUUUUCGCACUUAGCACUGAAAAAAGUUUGUUUCAUCUGUUUUCAUCUGUGGUAGUGCAGAUAUGAUUGUGGUGUAUUUGUACAACGGUUCUGCGCCACACAAAUGUGGGUAGGAAAAAGUGGGUGUGGCAGUGGGAGUGUUUCUAUGGUUUCCAGAGCCUCAGUUGGCAGUCGGCGCUGUAGGUAGCGAUGAUAUUCUGGUGAGGAUGAUGAGCUAUUCCUAUAGCAUCCUUCUCGUGGGCACAAUGGUGUGCUCCAGUUUCCCGGAGUUGGUACUGAAGCAGUAGAGGACCUGGUCUUCACCGAGGCAGUAGAGCCAUUCUCCUCUGGGGGAGGGCGUGCAGGCCAUGAAAUCUCCUCCCUCUCUCUUUCCAGAGCUGAAACUACGAACAACCUGCAAGAGAGAAGGAAGGAGAGGGAAAGACUGGAGGGAGAAUUCUUUGUUGAACUUUGUUUCAAUAGAGCACCAACCUGUCCCUGUGCAUUCAUGAUAGUGACUGUGUUAGUUUUGUUGCACACGACGAAUUGCUCGUUCACUUUGGGCAAGACGUGGACGCUGUUGAUCGUGACGUCAUCUUGACCGGAGAGGGCAGGCUUGAAGGUGUUCAUACAUUCAGUACUCUUCAGAUUCCAC